GAUCCAUUGACUUCCGCAUUCUGUGACAUCAGCAAAAGAUUCUUCCCCCACGGAAGCAGAUCCAAUGAAACCACAAAAAUGAGGGAGUGACAGCCAUCGGCAUCACUUUGGAGUUGGUAGCAAAAAAAUACUUGAUUGAUUAGUUGCUGCAUCAGGUUUAUUGACGCUUGAGGAAGAAUUCAAGGAGACCCGCUACGGUAUUAUCAUUUGGUAUAAGAGACAUUUUUAAAAGAUGAGUACUAAUAAUUACGGCUCCGUGGCGAGUGAAGAAGAUCCACUCAAAGGGGGGGAGGACCUCGACGACGAUGAGUGCAUGGAGAUUGAGCCAUUGGGCAAACGGCUGAUGGACGUCGUGGACAAGUACUGGUGGUUGGGUUGCUGUGCCUUUGGAGGACCUUCCGCUCAUGUGGGUCUCUUGAGAGAUCACUUGGUCCUACAACACAAUUGGAUCGAUGAGGAAUCCUUUAUGGAACUAUUUGCCUUGGGACAAGGUUUGCCGGGCCCCAGUUCCACACAGUUGGUCAUUAGUACGGCUGUCACUCAUGGUGGGCCGUUGGGAGGAAUCAUUGCAUUCUUCUUUUGGUGCUUACCAGCAUUUACCAUCCUUACCAUUAGUGGGUUGUUCCUCUACAGUGUCGUGGAUCCCAGCAGUCCACCCAUUUGGCUUUUGGGAAUCCCUCCGGCAGCAGUGUCCAUCAUCUUCAAGGCGUUCUAUGCAUUUGGCUUGACUUUGGACAAACUGGGAACUGCAUUGGCCAUGCUGGCAUGUACCGCAGCCGUCAUGAUCAACGGAGAUGAACACAUCCCCAAGACCAGCAGUCAAAUCGUAUACCCAGCUCUCCUUAUACUGGGAGGAUUGACAGCUUACUUGGACUAUUCCAUUUUGAAAGACAAAGCCAUUGGGAACUACAGCAAUGUCAAACCAAACGAUAGUGGCGAACGAACCGCCAAGGAACGCAAGUUGAUCAAAAAGGUUGGGAUCCCCAUUUACGCUGGAGUUUUGAUGUUCCUCCUUUGGCUCGUUCUAUUCGUGGGAAGCAUCACACUGGUCAACCUUGGAUACACCAAUGAAUAUCUCCAAAUCUUUGAAGUGUUCUUUCGCAUUGGAAGCAUCAUUUAUGGUGGUGGCGUCGUGGUAUUGCCCAUGCUCCAGAGUGAAUUGGUACCACGGGGAUGGAUGACCAACGAACAAUUCUUUCAGGGUCUCGGAUUGACACAGGCCAUGCCCGGUCCUCUUUUCAACUUUUCCAGUUUCUGUGGAGCAACGUACAAGGGGGUGCUGGGAGCCUUUAUCGCCGAGAUUGGGUUGUUUGGACCCGGAUACAUUCUCAUCUUUGCCAUGGUCCCGUUCUGGACCCGCAUCCGUCACAUGGCCUGGUUCAAAGUUGUACUCAAAGGUGUCAAUGCUUCCGCGAUUGGAUUGAUUGGAUCGGGAUGUGUCUUUCUCUACGCUGCCGCUGUGAAAACCGCUGCCGAUGCCAUGGUCUUUGUCAUUGCGGGAGGAUUGGUGUCAUUCUACAAUGUACCCGUCCCGGCUGUGAUUGUCGUGGGAGCCGCUUGUGGUGCGCUCUUUUCGUCGUCUGUCCUCGAUGUCGGACAAGUGAAGUAUCAUUAAGAAACGAAGGAAGGAAUUCACGUUGGCAUUGCGCACCAUCCGGUCAAACACGCACCCACAAUCAGCAUGUUCGCGGUGCACUAUGUACUGUUGGUUGCUAGCAUCUAGUAUUGAGUUUAGCUUGGAUUUUCUUCCUUCUCGCCAC